AUGUCAACGACGAUCCAAGUGACGCUCAACGUCGCUCUGAUUCUUGUGCUUCUCUGGACACAGCGUGCUUGGAUGACAACACAACUGACUUUCUUCUGGUACUCCUGGCUGGUCGACAACAAACUGAACACUGUCUAUGGGCUUAUUCUGGUCUACCUCUUGAUUAUGGUGCAUCUUCCCCAUUAUAAUCGGCGAAGGGGAACUCUAUUUCGCCUCCAUGAAGUCAGGGGUGCUGAUGGACAUGUCCAAAAGCUGGCCUUGCGCCAAGUUAGCCUGAGCAAUGAAGGCCCCGUGGGCGUUGACCAUCCCGGCAGUGCACCCAUCCCCUUCAGUGCUCCUCUCCCAGCAGUGUCUGUCCUGUAUCCCUCUGGCACUCUUGCAAGUUGGGACGGUUUCCCAGAUGGUCUGUUUCAGCAGCAUUUUACCCGGCAACAGGUCGAAGACACAUUUCAACUUUCAGUACACUGGGCCAGUACACGACUUCCUGGCCGAAGUGGUUCCCAGGAGGCGACAACUCUGCAAAGGGGACCCAGUCACCGCUUUCGUUGUGCUGGUGCCGUUAUAUGUUCCUCAUGUUCAGUGACAAUCCCACCUGCUGGAACGUCAAGUGACGGUACAACUAAGCAGCUUCAACAAUCCUGUCUCUGCGGUGCAAUGCUCAUUCGGCGCGCUUGUGACGUUGAAUGGACGGUGACUUUCUUUGCUGGGGGAGCUUUCUGGGAAAAUGGUGGUCUUCACACUCAUCCAACAUUCACCCAUUCACUUGCGGUUGGCUCUCAUGAUACAUAUGGCAUUCAGCGUUUUGUUCGGAGACAACCAAUCCUCCUGGGUACUCACAAUGAAUCAACUACCAGUCAGCCACCCUGGGCAGCCUCGCACCCACCUGAUGCAUUUCGUGACAAGGCAAGAGAUCUUGCUGAGUCGCCAACUGACUUGAAAUCCAAGAGCGAUACCCGUCGUCGUAGAGGUCAUAAGGCAGAAGUGAUGGAAACAGAUUUGUACAGUGGGUCGGAGCAAGAGAUGGAAGAUGACCCUUUGGCAGAUAACGAUGGAUGA